UUAUUUACAAUACGGUUACUUUUUUGUCACAAUGUAUAGUGUAUACAGUCCCUGUCGUAUACCCGUAGUAUGUACAUAAUUGAGACAAAAUAAAAUGGAAAUUAAAAAUUUGUGCUACAGUUAAUUUACCGUUCCUUUCUUAUUUUCUAAAGUCAACAAAUUGGGUCAAUGCUCUCACUAGUUUAUUUUACACUAGUUCAAGCUCUCCCUACAGGGUAUGCAUGCAUUAUGCUCUGACGUGUGCUUUUUUAGUUUUAUUCGCACUGGCGCUCUUGAUAAUAUGUCCCACCUCUUGCGUGCUCCACCACUUCAUCCUACAUCCAAACAGCUGAGCAGCAGGCAAGCACAAGUGUAGAAUGAAUAUACUUAGACAUUUCGCACCGCGACACGUUAGUUACACUCAAAACACGGUUCACAUCAGAAUUAAACAUAGUAAAGUGCUGACGAAAAACAAAUAUUUGACACGACAAAUUCAUUUUUAUGAAAUAACUCUUAUACUUAAUUAAAAGUGCUUGCAUAAAGUGAAUUGUUUGCGCUUUUGUGGAUCAUAAAAGUCUAAAAUGACAGCAAAAACUGAUAAAGUGACUAAUUCAGCAGCGCCGGCGAGCUUAUCGUCGGGAAAAGCGUUCCACUCGAUUUGGCUGCAGUUGCAAAGUCUCCUCAACACCAUCAAUCACAUUUUGAUCGCACUAGUUGGCCUCUACUUCACCGUCUUGGGACGCAGUCUAAACUUCCAAGACACCGCAAUGCAUGCCUUCCUAACCGUCAUUGGGUACCAUGUCCUGAUGGCCGAAGCGCUCAUGUCACAUUAUCCAAUCAACUUCGUAACGAAUCGUUUCACUCACCGCACUAAAUCAAAAAUUCACGGUGUCAUACAAUUGGUGGGCGGUGCGAUGGCUUUGCUGGGCUCCAUUGGUAAAAUCUCGCAGAAGGAAGUGCACUUCACCACGUGGCAUGGCAAAAUAGGUCUUGCUGCCACAUUGCUCUGCUUCAUGAAUCUUAUUGGCGGCACCGUCACCUAUUUUCAACCAAAGUUCAUACAAAAAUCGCACCCACCGGCAGUGCUGAAAUUCAGACACAAUUUAUCUGGUAUGGUCGCCUUUACGCUGGGCAUGUUGGCCAUCUUCCUCGGCUACCGCACUAAGUUCACCUAUAAAUAUAUGGAUCCGGAAUUUAUUGUAGUCUUAAGUUUGGCCACGGUUUUGGUGUAUAUCUUCACAAUGAUUGCGCCGAUGCGUUCAUUUUUAGGUAAACUUAAAUAUCGGAAGCAACAAUAACAAGUAUUUACGUGCUUGUACUCAGUAUGUUUAACUCAUAGUUUAUUUGACGGUAAUUAGUAAAUUAAUUAAAAAAAGUAAGAAAGUUGUUCUUUAAUUUAUUUUAGUUUGUUAUUUAGCAUUGUCAACAACUAUAUAAUUAUGUUAAAGUUAUUGUUUAUUAAUAAACGCUUAUAUUUAAUGAUA